AUGAACUUCCUCACCACCACCAACUUCCUUCUUGCCUUCCUUUUCAGACUCUCACUCACCCAACCAAUAAAUAACGAAGUCACAAACCCUCUUCUCCCCAGCCGCGAAGUCAACCAAUCUUCUACACAUGACACCACACAUGUCAACCCACUCAACGUCACUGAGCGGGUGGUUGUGGCGGCAGGAGCGGCGAGCGUAGCACUUGCAGCAGGAUCAUCUAGGCACUUGCAGCAGGAUCAUCUAGGCACUCUUCAGCAACAAGCACCCAACACAGUAUCGGAGCCAUUAUCUUGA